AUGGGAAAUGAUAGAGAUCAAGUUGAAAAUGUUAAAUUCUUUCUUAAUACGAAGUUUCUUAUCAAAGACUUGGGAAAACUAAAGUAUUUUUUGGGAAUUGAGGUCAUUGACACUCAUAAGGGUGUUUGCCUAUGUCAAAGAAAGUAUUGUAUGGAUUUGUUGUUUGAGUAUGGGUUGUUGGGUGCUAAACCUAUGAAAACACCCAUGGACAUGAAUUUGGUAAUAUUUGAUAGACUUGAUAAUACCGAUCCCUUUAUUGAAAACAUCACCUUAUAUCAAAAAAUUAUUGGCAAGCUGAUAUACCUCACCAUUAGUAGACCUGAUAUUAGUUACUCUGUUCAAUGCCUGAGCCAGUAUAUGCAUGCACCAAAGGUUUCACAUUUGAAACUUGCUUUUAGAAUUCUAAGAUACUUGAAAAAGAACCCUGGUAAGGGCAUUCAUAUUGUCAAAGGUGAGUCCUUCAGUUUAUCUGCCUUUGUUGAUUUUGAUUGGGGAAAGUGUGUCACUUCCAGGAGAUCUGUAACAGGUUUUUGCAUUUUCUUAAAUGGUUCAUUAAUCUCCUGGAAAAGCAAAAAGCAGAAUACUGUGUCUAGGUCCUCCUCUGAAGCAGAGUAUAGGGCAAUGGCCACAGUAACUUGUGAGAUUAUUUGGAUUUUGAAUGCGUUGAAAGAUUUAGGAGUUACAAACUUACUUCCUGUCACCUUGUUUUGUGAUAACAAAUCUGCUGUUUUGAUUGCUAACAAUCCUGUUCUUCAUGAAAGAACCAAACACAUUGAGAUUGACAUUCAUGUUGUAAGAGAAAAGGUUAUAUCUGGGCUUCUGAACCUUGUGAAAAUUAACACAAGUUUACAAUCUGCUGACAUUUUUACCAAAAGUCUAUGUGUGAGACAACAUGAAUUUUUACUUGAAAAAUUAAACAUGAUAGACAUGUUCUGUGGUUCUACCUAA